GGCGGCGGUGGCGCUGGACGAGCUCCGCUCCUGGUGGGAAGUCCCGGCCAUCGCGCACUUUUGCUCGCUCUUCCGCACCGCCUUCCGCCUGCCCGACUUCGAGAUCGAGGAACUGGAAGCUGCUCUUCACAGGGAUGAUGUGGAGUUUAUCAGCGACCUGAUCGCCUGCCUUCUUCAAGGUUGUUACCAGCGCAGAGACAUCACAUCCCAGACGUUUCACAGCUACCUGGAGGACAUCAUCAACUACCGCUGGGAGCUGGAGGAGGGGAAACCCAACCCCUUGCGGGAGUCCACCUUCCAGGAGCUGCCCCUGCGCACCCGGGUGGAGAUCCUGCACCGCCUCUGCGACUACCGCCUCGAUGCAGACGAUGUCUUCGACCUCCUCAAGGGCCUGGACGCCGACAGCCUCCGCGUGGAGCCGCUGGGCGAGGACAGCAGCGGGGCCCUGUACUGGUACUUCUAUGGCACACGGAUGUACAAGGAGGACCCGGUGCAGGGGAAAACCAACGGAGAGCUGGCUCCAGACAGGGGAUGUGGGGGGCAGACAAACACCCCAAAUGUUCCUGGGAAAACAGGCAAGAGACGAGGGCGACCUCCAAAGCGGAAAAAACUACUGGAGGAAAAUUUGCUGAGAGAGAAGGCAGAAGAGAACUUGCUAAUCCAUGAGACUCAGAUAAGAAAUGGGUCCCAAGGGCCUGGCCGUGGAACAUGGUGGCUGCUGUGCCAGACGGAAGAGGAGUGGAGGCAGGUCACAGAGAGCUUCAGAGAGAGGACUUCCCUUAGAGAGCGGCAGCUCUACAAACUCUUGAGUGAAGACUUCCUGCCGGAGAUCUGCAACAUGAUUGCACAGAAGGAGAAGCGUCUGCAGCGGACAGAGUUUUCUCCCAGGUGGAUGUCUGACCAUCAGCCCAUCAAACCAAUCAAGCAGGAGGUAAACCCGAAUGUACUGAGUUCCAUGGAGAAGCAGAGGCGCAGGGAGGAAGAGGAGGAACGCCAGAUCCUUAUAGCAGUGCAGAAGAGGGAGCAGGAACAGCUGCUAAAGGAGGAGAGGAAGAGAGAGAUGGAGGAAAAGGUCAAAGCAGUGGAAGAACGGGCCAGGAGGAGGAAACUUCGUGAAGAGCGGGCCUGGCUGCUGGCGCAGGGAAAGGAGCUCCCUCCUGAGCUGUCCCACCUGGAUCCCAGUUCCCCUUCCAGGGAAGAGCGAAGGACCAAGGAUAUCUUUGAACUGGAUGAUGAGUUCACAGCCAUGUACAAAGUUCUAGAUGUGGUGAAGGCUCACAAGGACUCUUGGCCCUUCUUGGAACCCGUUGAUGAAUCCUAUGCUCCCAACUACUACCAGAUCAUUAAGGCCCCCAUGGAUAUCUCUAGCAUGGAGAAGAAGUUAAAUGGAGGUCAGUACUGCACCAAGGAAGAAUUCGUGGGUGAUAUGAAGACCAUGUUCAGGAACUGUCUUAAGUACAACGGUGAAGGCAGUGAAUAUACCAAGAUGGCUUACAACUUAGAGAGGUGUUUCCACCGAGCAAUGAUGAAGCACUUCCCUGGGGAAGAUGGAGACACAGAUGAAGAGUUUUGGAUCAGAGAAGAUGGGAGACGAGAGAAGAGGAGCCGGCGGACCGGCCGCUCCAGCACGGGCAGUGUUUGGACUCGGUCGCGAGACCCAGAUGGGCCAGGCAAGAGACAGCAACGCCUGGAAAAUGGAGGAAAACCUCCACCAUAUCGAGCUACUUCCAGGGCUCCUGCUUCUUCCUCUUCUUCCUCUUCCUCCUCCUUCUCCUCGUCCUCUGUGGAGGACCCAAGUGGCAACCCAAUGCAGACCACUCGGGAGGUGGGCCCUUCCAACGGGCGAGGCUUCCCCCGCUCCCUGCAGUACGGCGGCAUGCCCAGCCCUGUGCCACACCCCGGACAGAUGAGACCAGCCGUGCCAGGAACGUUUGGUCCCUUGCGCGGGUCGGAUCCCACGAAGCUGUACGGCUCUCCGCGAGUGCCUGAGCCCCAUCCUGGAGACCCAGUCCAGCAGCACCAGCACUUUGCCAUGCAGCCGGCCGUGGGACUGAGCGAGCACCGCGGGCACCGGCUGGCCACUCCAGAGAAGCAGGCGUGCGCAGGACCCACCCACGUCUCCGGCCUCGGCCCCCGACCAGGCACGCUGCAGCUGGGAAGGGUCAGCGGCCCCCCACCCGACGCCGUCUACCCACCAGCCCAGUUCCAGCAGGGCUUCCUCCCACCCAGGCACAACGGGCCCCCGGUGAGGCCACCGGAGGGCUCGGAGGUCCCCCCGGGGCACAUGUACAGACCCUACAAGUACCUGAACCGCGCACACCCAGCCCUGUGGAAUGGCAGCCAUGGCCCCACUGGCCAGGCUGCCAUGGGGCCGGAGGAGAAGGCGCCCAUGGGGCCAGGGCCCUCGCUCCAGCCCCGUACCCUGGGUCAUAUGAUGGACCCCCGGGCCAUGAGGCCGCCGCUGCCUCCCAGCCAGUGGACAGAGCAAUCGAAUUUCCUACCUCACGGGGUGCCUCCCUCAGGGUAUAUCCGACCGCCUGGGAAAGCCGCCGGCCAGAGGAUGCCACAGCCACCGGCCGCUCUGUUUGGGGCACCGCCUCAGGUUCAGAGAGGGUGCCAGGGCGGGGACUCCAUGAUGGACAGCCCGGAGAUGAUCGCCAUGCAGCAGCUCUCCUCCCGCGUGUGCCCGCCGGGAGUGCCUUACCACCCUCGCCAGCCGCCCCCACCGCACCUCCCCGGACCCUUCCCCCAGCUGGCCCACGCUGCCUCCGCCGCCGGCGUGCAGCCCCCAAAACCUGUCAUGGGAAACGGGAGCUCGCAAGAUCCAACCGGGCAGACCAUGGAGAUGGAGAGCAACCAAGUGGAGACACCAGCAGGCAUGGACGAGAAGGCUCAGUGCAUCAACAUUCCCGACGGGGCCUAUGCCAAACUCCUACCUCAUCCCAAGCCCCCGCUGCCCAUGGAGUGCACCAGGCGUGCCUUGCCCCCAGAUGGGGAGGUGGAUGGCUCUGGUGUGAAGGGCGAGCUGAAGGCAGGGCAGGGCAAAGGUGCAUGGUCGGCAGAGAGUGGCUACACCGGCGACCCGGGCUGUGUGAGGGACCUGGUGCCUGCCUCUGAAAGAGGGGGUCCCCUGCCUCAGAACGGGGCGGCGGGCGAGGGGCCGGCAGCCGGCACUGAGGGGAAGGGGCUGGCUGCCAACCUGCUGGAGAAGCCCCUCUGUGGUGGGGGCAAGACUCUACCCGAAGCGACUGUGCCUUGCAUGGGGCAGGGCACCGGCCUUCCUGGCGUGGAUGCCGGCUCCAUGGGGGCCACCCCCAACCAGUAUCACCCUCUGUACAUGCCCGGUCUGGAAUACCCGAAUUCGGCUGGGCGGUACCACAUCAACCCAAGCCUGCAGGGUUUUGGCCCGGUGAUGGGCGGGAAGCCACCUCCUCCUGCCUCCCACCCGCAGCAUUUUCCUCCACGGGGUUUCCAGCCGGGCAGCGCGCACCCCGGCGUCUUCCCGCGGUACCGGCCCCCCCAGGGAAUGCCGUAUCCUUACCAGCCACAGCCUCAACCUUCCUACCACCACUACCAGCGACCGCCCUACUACGCCUGCCCACAGGGAUAUUCGGACUGGCAGAGGCCUCUCCACCCCCAGGCCAGCCCCAGCGGGCAUCCCAGUGCCCACCCGCCCCUGGCCAGAGCUCCGUUCCCAGAGCGGGGUUCCGCCGGCGGCCUGCAGGGCUGCGAGGCACUGAGCGCUGCCCUGGCCUCUCCCAACCGCAUGGACGUAGCAAGUGCCAAAGAGGUUUCUCCAAGCGACGGGCAGGAUCUGGGGCCCGAAGAUGAGAAGUCUGAGGAGCCCCAGGAAAGACCGGAGAGUCCCAAAGAGUUUCUUGAUUUGGACAACCACAAUGCAGCCACGAAGAGGCAAAGCUCGGUGGCAGCAGGGGAGUUCCUCUACGGAGCACCCCCACCCCACCUGGGUGCAGGGAUGGGGUUUGGCCCGUCAGCUUUCCCUCCCCAUGGGGUAAUGCUACAGACUGGCUCUCCUUAUGGAUCUCGGCAUCCUGCCAGUCACUUCCAGCCCAGGACGUAUGGAUCACCCAUGAAUGCCCACCCGUCUCACCAUCCAGCCUCCAACCAGGCCAACGGCCUCUCUCAGGAGGGCCCCCUGUACCGCUGCCGAGAAGAGAACAUGGGUCACUUUCAGGCCUUGCUGAUGGAGCAGAGAGGCAGUGGAGGUGGCAUGGGGGGGCCACCCCAGGACUUGUAUAGACCCUCGGGAAUGCAAAUGCAUCAGGCUCAAGUUCCCUUCCCGAAGAUGCCUACAGCAACAAUGUCCCGGGAAGAUCUGACAUCACAAAAACCAUCAGUGCUGCCUCUGGAUCAAAGCUAGUCCGAGGAAGGAAGGACCUCAUGAAGACGAAAGCCACACAUGAUUUGGACACCCAGGAGGAGGGGCAGGCCUUCCUCCCACCCUGCCCUCGCCCGAGCAGCAUGUAGCUUCCUGGGUCUGUGGAACAUGGUGCCGUGACGGCUUUUGUGUUGGAAACCCGGGGCGGUGCUGGGGCCCAGCCAGCCGAGCAGCUGGCUCCCCACCACAGGGCGAGCACCGCAAACUAGUGGCUUUCCGUGACCGGAGACUGCGUCUCAUUCAGGGUUUGGGGGAAUUUUCGGGUGGGGAGGGUGGGGGUGGGGGCGGAAACUUUCAUUGACUGCUAAACUCAGGUAUAUUUUUCAGGGUGGAAGAGGACGAUGACGAAAUUUUACUUGUAGUAUUAACGUGUGUGUUUUGGAGCUGGAUCCAGUUUACAGAAUUUAACCUGUUGCCUUUCUAAAUAAAUUUCUGUUGUUGGUGAAUGUAUUGUACAUAAUGGGGGAGGGGGUGGGCCCAGCUUGUAGUGGGCUUAGCACUGGAGGAAUCGUUAACUGUUUACAAUCAUAUCACACUGAAAUCUUUCAGGAUAGGGUGGGGGUUCAGGGGGGACCAGGGAGAGGUGAGGGAAUGUGUGAUGGAUGACUUGCUGUCCUCCUUCCUGUCCUCUGCAACCAAGACAUGACUCGACGGUUGGUUGACUUAAUAGCAUGAAUUGCUCAGGAGUAUAACAUGUCCUCCACUUUCUCUUGCCUUCUUCCUCCUUCCCUUCUCACCCCCAUCUCCACCCCUCUGGAUCCAGGGCCUGAGUGCACUUCCAGCUCCUGUCAUCAUGGGGGAACAAGGAAACCAGGACCAGGAACUGAAACCAGGGCAGGACACUCAUGGCAUUGUCCCUUCUGAUAGUACAGGACCCUUCUCCCUGCCUUUUUGUGAUAGGAGAACCGUGUGCUCUAGGAAACAGAAAAUGGCAUAACUGGUCAUCUUAAGACUUAUUUUGGUGAAACCUGCACAGCUGUGGGUGCAGCAGCACCCAUCCAGUAGAACAAACUUCGUGCAAAUCUGUACUGCCCUGCUGCUUGAGGAGAGGAGCCAAGUCCCCACCUUCGUUUCUCUUACCCUGGGCUAUAUUCACUUCAUAGCAGCAGCAAAGCAGAAAGUACCACAGGUUUCCUGACCACUCUUGCUUGCUGAGGAGCAGGAGCAAGAGGCUGCCUUGGGGGAAUGGUAGGAUUACUGCAGUGUGAGCCAUUUGUUGGCCUGUGGAGUUGGAUUUGGCAUUCAAAAGUUGCAGGUGAAUUAGAAAGCACUAGUUCAAAGUCAGGUGUUAAGGUGGCACAGCUCAGGGGCUGGGGGACAGGAGGGCUGCGUGCUCAAGUUGAGGUGGUUUUUUUGUCUUCAUUGAUGAUGUAGCAGCAGGUCCUACAGGACUAGUGGCAGUUUCCCUGUGCACAGUCUGCAGGGGCUCUUCUCACCAGUACUGUACUCUGUAUGCCAGCAUCUUGACAACCACUGGUGUUCAAGGGAGUUCAGCAAGACUCCCAUCUGCAUUUAUUCACAUCUUAAAGCUAACAGUCACAUACAGUUGGCUAUUCUUGGGAGAGCUGGGGAGUUGUUACUCUACAAGGGUGGGCAGCAAGACUUGCUGGGACCAUAACCUGAGUGGGCAGACAGCUGGUUACACUGGGGUGGGGACAGUGGUGCAGUUUACAGGAGGAUGUGCCAGUGUGUCUGAUAGAGUAUGCUAGCAAGAGCACAAGUGGCAGCAGAAGGAAGACAGAGCAGCGUGCUCUUUAGUCUGUGGUACCAACAUGGGGAGGGACUUUGUCUCCAGGUUUCUGGAGAGUUUUUCUGGCUGCUUUCUUGUCUUGGAUGGUGCCAUCACCUGAAUCUUUAGCUGGAUUUAACAUCUGUGACUGCACCACCUUUGUCCCACUUCGUGCAGAUCUACCACGUGCUGGCAAAGCUGUUCAAGCAAAUGGCAAGUAGCAUCUGACUGACUAGUUACUCCUUCUGUCCUAAGCUUUUGGAAGCACACAAAGCCUAAAAGAUGAGAAAUUACCCUUUCCUGAAAUAAUUAGAACAUGGAAGGACUGCUGUGUUAGUGCCCUCUUACCAAUGAGCCUCACUGCUCUGUUGCUGCAGUACUUUUGCCUCUGGUGAGCUGUGUAAGGCCAAGGCGUUUUCCAAGCCUAACAGGAGUUAAAAUUCAUCUUACAGCUGCAGUUCUCACCCUCUGCUGCAGCCAGCCUGUGAACUGUAGCUGCUGGCUGCUUAGACCAGUGAGUUGCCUGGGACAGCUGGCUCCUCUGCAAAGGAAGAUGUCAGUGUAAUGUGAAUAACUUACAAUAUCUAUCUAUAGAUACCAUUACAUUAGGAAAAGGAAAGUGAUUUUUUUGGUGUGGUUUUUCUUUUCAGUUGUGUUCAUCUGUCAGGGAGCAGUUGUCACUGGUGGAUUGAUAUAAACUGGAAUAGAUGAUCCUGAAGGUUGUCUUUUGACUGAGAAGUGGGUGACUGCUCUCCCCAGCCAAGAACAUUAUGCUGUGGCUCUUCUGAAUUUGUCCUGUAUCUGAGGGUUUGCUGCUGGCUCUUCAGCUGGUAGUUGGUUUUCAGAGGUGCCUCAGCUGCUCCAAAGGCAGCUCUUGGUCCUUCACUGAAAGGAGAUACUGAAGCAGUGGUAGAUAUUUAUAAAAAACUACUAGAACUGCUCUUCAAGACAAUAAACCUGGGACAAACAAGAACGCAGUUGCUUCUCCUUGUAAAAUAAUCUUGGGUUCACUGUACAUUUAAAAACAGAUAAAUGGUAAAAUAUAACUUGUAGCAAAGUAUUCAAAACUCUAGAAAUGUGAAUGUAGAUCCUUCAAACAAUCCCUGCCAUACUUCAGCCUGUCCUCUGUAUCGCAGACAGCAACCCAAAUAUUUGAAGUGCCUUUCAUUCAGCUCAUUGUGAACGUUGUGGAACAGGAGGGUUUUAGAAGCUGUAAAAAGUCCCCAAGCAAGCUGAAGCACACUUCAGCUGGAACUGGCACUGAAAACAUGGUUCUGGUGGUCACAGUGUCUAGAUGAGUACCAAGCCCAGGCCAAAACAGAGGCUGAACAAGAAAGGCAAGAAUUGCUUGUGGUCUGCCUGGAGAGCACAGUGGAGUGUUAGACAGUGAUAGAUACCCCGAGGAACCUGUAUGGAGUGUGCAACAGGAAGAUAUUUUCCCUUACCUGACAUAAUGCAAGUCGGGGGGAAAGAUUUGUCUUGCAGGUGGUAG